GGAGGGUGACGGGCCCCGGCAGCCGGCGCGGGGUGGGCGCGUCCCUCGGCACGCCCGUGCCUGCUCUGGGAAGGUUCCUCCUUCCUCCACCGCUGGGAGCCUGACUGCACGGUGCCCACCCCCGUCCCCCCGUGGACCACCUGGUGACAUCUCCAUCCCCUGACACCGGGACGUCGGCUGCAAGGCGCUCACACUCUGAUGGCGGAGUUACCACUGAAGGCCAUGAGAAUAUUCCUCACACUCUUCCCUUUCGUUGUCUCUGCGACUUGCCGGGUUCCUGGAGCAUUGCCGGGUCCGACUGGAUCCGGUCCCAUCCCUCUCCUCAGGAGGUACGAGGCUCUGUGGUAUGACCGGGACUCCUUGAGCCGGCAGCAGGAGCGGGUGAGGCGGUCUCCACUGGAGGACGAGCCAAGGGUCCGGCUGCAGUUCACUGCUCAUCAGAGGCAAUUUCAUCUCCAAUUGAAAAGGGACUCAAGUAUGUUCACGGAAGAUUUUAAAAUUAAAACCAAGAGUGACCAGAAAUACGGAGACCUGUCACAUAUCUACUCUGGGGAGGUGCAGGGUGAGAACGGUUCCUAUUGCCAUGGCUCCAUCAUUGAUGGCCGAUUUGAGGGGUUUAUUCAAACCCAGAAGGGCAGAUACUAUGUGGAACCGAUGGAGCGAUAUGUCCAGGGGGAGAAUCCUGCCAUCCAUUCCAUCAUCUACCACCAGGAUGACGUUGACUCCUCCCACUUCCAAGGCCGGGACACCAGCUGUUUGAGUCGGCCUGUGCUCAGGAUGUCACCCCGUCACCGGCAAGAUUUCCGGGAGCAUUCAACACAGGAGCCCCUGCAUUCCAGACCGGAGCGGAGUGUUGACUACUCUCGGACGACCUGCUUGCUGCACCUGUACGCUGACCACCUUUACUCCCAGCACCUGGGCAACAGUGAGAGCAUCACGGCUCAGAUUUCCGGUUAUAUAAAGGCAGUGAAUAAAAUAUACGAAAAUGUGAACUUUGCAGGGAUACGUCAAAUAAAUUUCAAGGUGAAAAAGUUAGUGAUCGACUCUGAAUACAACGAAACCAACCCCCUUCACAGCCGCUUCCUCAGUGUGGAGAAACUCCUGGACCUGUUCUCCAAGAGGGAUUGGAGCGACUACUGUCUGUCCUACCUGCUGUCAGACCGCGAUUACAACGGCAUCCUGGGGGUCGCCUGGCAGGCGAGACCAGGGACCUCGGCUGGGAUCUGCUCACGUACUCACAACACUGGCCUGAUCACGCUACAGAAGUACGGCGCACACAUUCCUUUGAAAAUGAUCCACAUCACUCUGGCUCAUGAACUUGGCCACAGUCUGGGAUCUCCUCACGAUGAGGGUGAAGAAUGUGUUCCACCGGAAUCUUCAGAUUCCCAGGGGAAUGGUGGAAACUACCUGAUGUUUCCAUUUGCUUCCGAUGGUCUUGAGUACAAUAAUGACAAGCUCUCUCCGUGCACGAUCCAACAUAUCAGCAAGGUCCUGAUGGAGAGGAAGGACCAAUGCUUCACAGAGAGCGGCCGGCCCAUCUGCGGCAACCAGCUGGUGGAGGAGGGAGAGGAGUGCGACGUUGGACACAGCGCCGAUGAUCCUUGUUGCUAUGGUGCCAGUGAAUCCAGUGAUGUGUCCUGUAGACUGAAGCCAGGCCGACAGUGUAGUCCAAGUCAGGGAGCCUGCUGUGGGCCCCAGUGUGUGCUGGCACCUCAGCACCAGCGGUGCAGAGAGGAGACAGAGUGCGCCUUUCAGAGUGGCUGUGAUGGAGUGAGCCCUAUCUGCCCGGACUCUUCUCCCAAAGAGAACCAUACUCUCUGCAACCAGGGAUUGCUGGUGUGUGUGAACGGGCAAUGCUCGGGAUCGCUCUGUGCACAGCACGGCCUGGAGCAGUGCAGCUGUGGUUCCCUGUCCCCUGAAGAGGAGUGUCACCUCUGCUGCCAGCUGUCAGGUGAGGCUCGCUCGUGUGCCAGCUCCUCCUCAGCCCUCCUGCAGCAGUACUUCAACAGGACCCUGCUCACCCUGCCCCCAGGCUCACCCUGCAAGAAGAAGCAGGGAUACUGCGACAAGUUCAGCAAGUGCCGCUUGGUUGAUGAUGACGGGCCCAUUGCCAGACUGAAAAACACCAUCUUCGAUCCCAGCGAGUUUGAAGGCAUUUCCGAGUGGAUGAAGGAACACUGGUGGGCUGUUCUCCUCGGCAUCCUGACCCUCGGAGCACUGAUGGCGAGUACGGUGUUUAUCUUCGGAAAGACCUUGGACAGCGAGAAAGGGCAGCCGAUGACUGAACUACAAACCUUCCGUGGCCGGGCCGACGUAAUGUGAUUGAUCAUCUGAUGGACUGCGGGGGCUUCCACAGAUAACGACACCCUCCGAUCACUGGACCAACCGUGUCUCAAAGCUGCAACACCCCUCAAACAGAGGUUCCAAAUCACCCUGCGGCCGGCCUGGGAAAGACGUUCAGGGCAACGGGGAAGGAAGGGAGAAACAGGACUAUGGGAUUUUCUCCAAGGAGCUGGUGUGGAUUUGACAGGACAAAUGGCUUCAAUGUGCACUGUAGCAUUUCUACGCCUCUAUAACAUGAUAUGCAGUUACUCAGAAAUGUAAAUGAUUGGAAGUAGAUCCACACCAUCCCCACAGGUAGAUGUUCGCCAUUUCCCAAAGCUUCUAUUAAACUUCGACAUCUUUUCUUUUGGAGUCAGACUUUCAUACAUCAUGGGAAUAGACCCUGCAACCCAACUGGUCCAUGCUGACCAGGAUGCCCAUCCAAGCUAGUCACAUUUGCCUGCCUUAGGCACAUAUCCACUAAACCUUUCCCUGUCCAAAUGCCUUUUAAAUGUUGUUCAUUUCCCUCCAACAACCACAUCCUCUGGCAGCUUGUUCCAUAUACAGAGCACCCUCUGCAUAAAGUUGCCCCUCCGGCUCCUAUUAAAUCUCUCCCCUCUCACCCUAAACCUAUACCCUCUAGUUGUUGAUUCCCAACCCUGGGCAAGACUCUGUGAAUUCCCCCUAUCUACUCAUGAUUUUCUGCACCUCUAUAACAACCAUAGAACCAUAGAACAAUACAGUACAAUACAGGCCCUUCGGCCCACCAUGUUGUGCCGACCUUCAAACCACGCCUAAGACUAUCUAACCCCUUCCUCCCACAUAUCCCUCUAUCUUAAAUUCCUCCAUAUGCUUAUCUAACAAUCUCUUGAACUUGUCCAAUGUAUCAGCCUCCAUCACCACCCCAGGCAGCGCAUUCCAUGCACCAACCACUCUCUGGGUGAAAAACCUCCCUCUGAUAUCUCCCUUGAACUUCCCACCCAUUAUCUUAAAGCCAUGCCCUCUUGUAUUAACCAUUGGUGCCCUGGGAAAGAGGCGCUGGCUGUCCACUCUGUCUAUUCCUCUCAAUAUCUUGUAUACCUCUAUCAUGUCUCCCCUCAUCCUCCUUCUCUCCAAUGAGUAAAGCUCUAGCUCCUUUAGUCUCUCCUCAUAAUCCAUACUCUCUAAUCCAGGCAGCAUCCUGGUAAAUCUCCUCUGCACCCUUUCCAACACCUCCACAUCCUUCUUAUAAUGACGCUACCAGAACUGGACACAGUACUCUAAGUGUGGUCUAGCCAGAGUUUUGUAAAGCUACAUCAUUACUUUGCAGCCCUUAAACUCGAUGCCCCGACUUAUGAAAGCUAACACCCCAUAAGCUUUCCUAACUACCCUAUCCACCUGCGAGGCAACUUUCAGUGAUCUGUGGAUAUGAACCCCCAGAUCACCCCUCAUCCUCCUAUGCUCCAAUGAGAAAAGUCCUUGCCUGAUCCACCAUGCUCUAUAACGCUCUUAAGUUCUGGCAACAUAUUUAUAAAUCUCCUCUGCAUCCUUUGCAGAAUAAUGGCAUCUUUCCUCUAGCAUAGUGACCAAAACUUAAACACAAUAUUCUGAAUGUGGCCUCACCAAUAUAUUGUACAACUGUCUAUACUCAAUGCCCUGACUGAUAAAUCCCCAGCCUGUCUGCCUGCGACAUUACUUUCAGAGAACCAUGUACUUGUACUCCUCGGUCCCUCAACAACACUCCCCAGCACCCUACCGUUCACUGAGUGUUCUACCCUGAUUUAUUUUCCCAAAAUGCAACACCUCUCACUUGUUGGAAUUAAACUUCAUUUGCCAUUCCUCGGCCCAGCUGAUCGAGAUCCCUCAGUAAAUCCCAAUAACCACCUUCACCGUCAAGGACACCUUUUGUGUCAUCUUCAAACUUUCUAACCAGGCCUUGUACAUUCUCAUUUGUUUUUAAGCAUGUAAGAAAAUACCAUCAUUUGUGGCAAUGUGGGUUGUUGCCAUGGAGACAUUUAUGACACAUGCUCAGUUUCCUACCUUCUAGAACCACAGUGUAAAUGAAACCCUGUCCUGUAAG